AUUACUAGACUUUAUUCAGUGAGCAGUACGAAAAUUUUUUAGUCUGAUGUAACGAUCGAUUUCACCAAUUGUUUUAUUUUAAAAGUUUAUUUAAUUAAUUAGGAAACAUAAAUGUCUGUUAUUGAAAGUGAAAAUGGAGGGUUAAAGCCAUUUCUAUGGAACGCUUGGGACUUUUUCGUGUUUAGCUUAUGGUCUAUGAACCCGUUUAAAAAGAUUAAGUGUCCAUCUGAUUGUACAAUUGACGGGAAAACAGUGUUAAUUACUGGUGCUACUCAAGGAAUUGGUAAAUCGACUGCGAUCGAACUGGCUAAACGUGGUGCUAAACUUAUUCUUGCAUGUCGGAAUAUUGACCAAGCCAAUCAGUUAGCUGAACAAAUCAGAGAAUCAACCGGAGCCGAUGUAACAACAAUCCAUCUUGACCUAAACUCAUUGGAAUCAGUUAAAAAAUGUGCAGAUACAAUACUUGGGUCAGUUGAAAGACUUGACAUACUCAUCAACAAUGCAGGAAUGGCUGGAGAUUCGGAAAGGAAGGAAACAGAAGACGGAUUUGAACAAGUUAUACAAGUAGAUCACAUUGGCCCUUUCCUGUUCACUAAACUAUUACUUCCCCUGGUAAAAUCAAGUUCCCCAAGUCGUAUAAUAUUUACUGGUUCAUCUUUACACAGGAUACUCCACAAAUUGGAUUUAGAAGAUUUAAAUUCGAUUAAAAGUUAUAGCUCUAGUAAUGUCUACGCUAAGAGUAAGUUAGCCAAUAUUUUGACUGCAGUUUAUUUGAGUUCCAUGUUGAAAGAUUCAGGUGUUACAGUGAACUCAUUUUGCCCUGGUCCUGUAAAUACCAGUUUAGCUCAAGACCUAAUUGGAUCUACAAUGGCGAUGCUUUCCAAGCCUUUUCAGUCAAUUAUCUCCAAAACUCCUGAUGAAGGUGCUCAAACCUUAAUUUACCUUGCUGUUGAAAAAUCUCUCGAUUCAGUCACCGGGUCACAUUUCAUGUAUUGUAAACCAGUGAAAACUAGUGCUCUGGGAUCAGAUUUUAACCUUGCAACCAAAUUAUGGGAAACAACCGAGAAACUUCUGGAAUCACGCGGCUAUUGAUAUUUGCUUGCAGCAAUGGCAAUUUUAAACACAAUGGUACAAAACCUGUCUUUCUCAAAUUAUCCGCAAAUAAUUACUUAAAGCGAUCAAUCCAAGCAUAAUAAGAAUGCUCAAAUUAUAUUUUCAGAAAUUUUAUUUUAGUCUUGACUCUAGGAUUGACUUUUUAAUCAAGUUAAAGUUGUUUUUCAAUAAAUGUUAAGUUUUUUCCUUGUU